GUGAAUAGGUGAAACACAGAGCAACUCUUGAGUGCCAGUGGCUAACAACGGAUGGAGCGGAUGUGCGGCUGAAGGAGGGACGUUGGAGGUGUGGGGACCCCGGGGAGAUUUGGAUGACAGACAUUCCAAUGUCCUUGCGUGUGUGCAUCUGGCGAGGGAGAAGGGGGGACCGAAUCUGGAUGAAGGUGGCAGGGAAUGGCACAGAAGAGAAAUUAAUUUGAGAUUUGUUUUGAUCAACUGGCCUAAAUUGGCUCUUUUCGGGGGGGAGCAGGGGGGCCCAGACAAGCAGACACAGGCUGGAGCUCCGCCAGGGUUUCACGGGAAAGUUGCCAUGCCGGGAGUGCGGGAGAACGGAGAGGGAGAGGAAUGGAAGAGAAAAAACCCAGGCGAGACUUGGCAGGGUUCUAUCGCAGCUCCCUUUGUCUGUUUGCUCAGCUUUUGCGCAAAGGAAAUCAAAAAUACCCUGAGUGCAGGAGCUCAGCUUCAGUGCUAAAAAACAAAAUCUUAAAAGAAAACGGCAUUAUAUUUCGCAGGAAGCUAGGACAAAAAGGGACAAAUAUCAUAAUCAAUAAGCCGUUUUUUGACAAUUCUGGACAAUUCCCGUUUUUUUGGACUGGAUUUUUGAACUUGCUUGCGCUAAGAGAUGACCAUGCGUUUUCAGGGGUCUUUGUUAUCUUAACCGCAAAUGAAGAUGCAUCUGACUUGUUUAUGUUCUGACUUAUGGCUUUACUAUGUCUGGAACUACAAACGGCAAGUGCCAAAGAAACCUUUGCACCUCUACGAUUGGACUAAAAAGUUUUGUUUUUACUUUCAUAACUUCUAAAACUAAGGGCCAGAACCAAGACGAUUCUUUCCUAAGUGGGAAAUGGAUGUUUUUGUCUUGAAAGAAGUGAGGUGACUUUCCAAGUGUCCUCAUUAAUGGUCUUCUUUCUUUGAGGUGUUUCUCCAGAAAACCAAGACCAUAUUCCAAAGGCUGUAUGCAUUUGAACAUAUUUAUAUCAAUGAAGGCAUGAGGAGACUGUUUUGUUUUGAGGUGAUAUUCCAGUCUUCUAACUAUUAGGGAGUUUGAUGCUGUACAAGAAGGAGAUGAACUGUUAGUCAGCCAUUUUUGGUGCUCAAAAGCUUGCGGUCAACAAAUGUCUGGAGUACAAAAAAGGCCUGGAUGUUGAUUUCCUAACAUCUCUAAACACGACGUGAAUGGUAACAGGACAGUGCCACCGUUCCCAGAGGGAUUGCAGAUGGUCUUAUUCGGUAUGGGUUGUUUCUGGGGAGCUGAGAGGAAGUUCUGGGUCCAAAAGGGGGUCUAUUCCACUCAAGUAGGCUACUCUGGCGGUUACACCCCAAACCCCACCUAUGAAGAGAUGUGCACAGGUAAAACAGGACAUGCAGAGGUGGUUCGCGUAGUCUAUGAGCCUGAGAAAAUCAACUUUGCACAGCUGCUCAAGGUAUUUUGGGAAAGCCACGACCCUACACAAGGAAUGCGCCAGGGCAACGAUGUUGGAACGGUCUAUCGAUCAACCAUUUAUGCGUAUACACAGGAACAGCUCGGCCAGGCAUUGCACUCCAAGGACGAAUAUCAGAAGAUGCUGACUAAAGAGGGUUUUGGAGCCAUCACUACAGAAAUAACAAUGACUAAGGAGUUCUACUAUGCAGAAGACUAUCACCAGCAAUACCUCAGCAAGAACCCCAAUGGCUACUGUGGACUGGGUGGCACCGGGGUCUCCUGCCCAAUAGGGCUGAAGAGUAAAAAUUAGCAUGCUUUUACUGUACUUUGGUUAAACAAAUUAAUAUUAACUUGCCUUAAUUGAAGCAAUCACCAAUUCAAUGACAAGGCCACUGCAAUACAUGAAAUUGUUGGAUAUAAAAAUUAUAUGUGUUUUUGUGACCAAUGUGUUUGAUAACAAAAUCUACUGACAUUUUCCGUGUAAUGCAAUGACAUAGGUACAUUAAGUGUGGCUUAAGUGCCUAUAUACCUUUUGGGUCCACUGUGUACUUGAGAUUUAAAUAAAUGGUAGACACAUUCUUGUCUAUGGCAGGCAG